UCCAAGUUUGGUGAGGUCGCAUGGAGAUCGUCUUGCUCUGUCUGUACUCUGUAGUAGUAGGACAUGUCUAGUAGGAGCAUUCUCGCUGCCGUUACAGAAGCCGCGUCUCUGUGAAUAUUUCUCCAUUAGUGGGUAGUGAUUCUGUUUUGAUUUUCCUCUCGUGCAAUCUGCGACGACACUCUACCCCCUUGACAAUAGUAUCCGUGUCGUGUCAAAGAUUUCAAACUCUACGCUCUCGUGAAUAACAUCGUCACCAGCCAUGAAGAAAGGUGAUAAAGAGUGGCUGAUUUUCGCCGAAACUGGUAAAUGGAUCAGCAGUCUAUUUGCUUCACACUGUUGCCCGUGGUUCCUUCCGUCACGCUCAUCGGCAACGGCAACGGCAACGGCACCAGCAGCCAUACCAUCAUCAUCACUAGAUGGAAUAUUGAAAAAGCAACCGAAUCCGAAUUGCGAUCACAAGAUGAAGGGAACGGCAGCGAGAGCAGAUUCGACGCUGAAUUGGAUCCACCACGACUCUGAUUUGCCCGAUUUCUACUUCCGCACAAUCCAAAAGGAAAACGUCGAACAAGUCGCCGAGUUCCUGCUCAAAUAUUUCUUCGCCGAAGAACCACUCGGCCAGUCGCUUAAACUCGACCCCAACAAGGAAGUCCGCCCUUGGCUUUCCAAAAUGCUGGAGCACGAGAUACGCGAAGGAUUGUCGAUUGUUGUCCGACUACGAUCCCUCGAUAGCGAAGACUCGACGGUUGACAAUCAAGGUGAAAUUGUAGCCGUUUGCCUAAAUGACGUUGAGCGGAAAGUAAACGAUCCAGAAGAUGUCAACAUCUUCACGUUCGUCGAACGCGACUCGCAGCCCAACAUGUGGAUGAUCACUCGCGUACUAGAUGAAUUGGUCUCCGGCGAAGAUGUUUUCAACGGCUAUCAAGUCGAAUCGCUGGUUUCCUGCCAAAUGCUCUGUGUUAAUCCACGUUUUGGCGGACGGGGACUGGCUCAAAAAUUGAUUCAGUUGACGGAGGAAUUGACUAAAACGUUGGGCUAUUCUUUGAUAAUCUCGGAGGCGACGAGUGAAUUUUCGGCUCGCGCUUUCCUUAAGGCUGGUUUUCUUUGUCUAAAAACAAUCCAAUACGACGCUUUUACAAUUGAUGGUGACCAACAGCCGUUCCAGCAACUCUCAUCGGACGGGGUCCAUACGGCCGCCAGACUAAUGAUCAAACAUUUGAAAUGAUUUUUAGGCGAAUUAAAAUCUAGGUCAUUUUGAUAAAACAAGCAGGCUACACUGGGUAAUGUGCCAAUGCCAUGGCCGUAAUGCGUCACCUAACGUUUUGAGCGGUUUUGAGGCUCGAGCUAUCCGUUCCUUUUGUACUAAUUAUGAAGCGAUAAACCUACGUAUAUUUUGUAUUUAGCCUAAGUAGAGGCUAUCUUCUAUCGGUGCUUUUGUUGACUGCAUGUCCCAUUUAAAGUUGCUGGAGUUGUGUCCUUCAAAGAAUACGGAUUCAUGGAGUGGACGGAAAAGUUAACAGUCAAGAAAGUCCAUGAUCGAAGACAGGACUCGAAGCGAUUUCUUAAAUAGUUAAAGAAAAUAAAAAACAUUUUUAUAUUUCUCUUCAAUUCAAAGAGAAUGGGAUUUCCUCCGACAAGAAUUCAGUCAAAUUUCUUAUUCGAAAUAUUUAAAAAAAUAUUUGCACAUUUUGUAUUGCUACGCAUAAUGCGUUUUUUAAUAACGACGAUGAAAAACCUGUGUGAAAAACCUAUAGUCACUGAUAGUCAAGUAAAUUCCAAACUAGUCGUUUCCAUUUUAUGUACUACAAUGACAAUAUAUUCUUUACAUUUGACAGCAAUUUUAUACUCUUCUAUCUAUAUUAUAUUUAUUACGUUUUUGGAAAUGAUAAUACAUUUAAUCUUACUCAAAGA